AUGGAUAUGAGUAACAUGGGCGGCAUGUCCAUGGACAUGGGCAUGAACAUGUUCCAGACGACAAACAUCGAGCUGGCUCGUGAUUUUUGGAUCAUCAUUGGAAGCGUCCUCGGCAGUAUCGCCGUGUUGCGGCUGUUGAGUCUGUACCAGUCACGUACCAGACUUCGCCGCCUUACUUCAGGAUCCAUCCGACAUCCUACUCGACCAAUCAAUGGUUCCCAGAAGGUCUUUGCAACGAUGACAGCCCUCUCCAGAGAGAUGAGCUAUCCGCAGCUUUUCAUCAGCAAAGCAUGGCUUUCCUGGAUGAGACCACCGCCGUUAGGUCGUUCUCUGGUAUUGCUGGUUUACUGGAUCAUAAUCGCAUACAUGAUGGCGGCUGGGACAGCCAUCUCGGACGGAUACUUCUGGGAGCGUAUUGGCUUUCGUAACGCCUGGAUUGCCACCAUGCAAGUGCCGCUAGUCUACCUCUUGGCGUCUAAGUACAGCAUCUUUGGCCUCGUCGUUGGCUCCGGCCACGAGCGCCUGAACUGGCUUCAUCGGUGGGUGGCGCGCACUCUACUACUCUCGGCAACGGUUCACGGGUUCUACUUCUACGCCGAAUGGGUUCUCGCCGACAUGGUUGAGUUGCAGAUAUCGAUGAUGGGCCCCAUGAUCCGGUAUGGCUUUGCGGCUUGGGCAGUCUUAGCCUUGCAGUUUAUCACUUCUCUCGGCCCACUCAGGUCUCUCUGCUACGAGCUCUUUGUAGCGCAACACGCCAUAAGCGCGGUAGUUUUCCUCUGGCUUCUUUACGUCCAUGUUCCCAGCUACGCGCAGGCAGCUAUCUGGGUCUCGGUAGCAGCUCUUGCCUCCGAUCGACUUGGAAGAACAGUACUGCUCGUUCGUAACAACUUCCAGAUGAGCGCGGGACGGCGGCUCGGUCAUCCCGCUCGCAUCAAGAUUUCAGGAUUGCAGACAACGGUCCUGACCAUUGAGAACAUCGACUUUAGCUGGAAGCCAGGCCAGCACAUUUAUCUCUGGCUACCAGGGGUUGGACCGACGCAGACUCAUCCAUACACCAUCGCUGGUGUAAAUCAAUCAACAGACAAGGAGAAAAAGACGCGAAACAAUAGUAUGCAUUUAGUUGUACGCAAGCACGCGGGCUUCUCGCGCAGACUUCAUCGCUUCGCCUCUCAGAACGAUGCCCAAUCUAAGGUUUUGACGGCCUUUGUUAUGGGUCCCUAUGGACAUCCACCUGCAAGUAGCCAUUACGAGACUUUAGUCCUCAUUGCGGCCUCUACUGGCGCCUCCUUUACUCUUUCCAUGCUGGAGGGCGUUAUGACAACAGACAAGAAAAGUUGCGUAACGCGGGUUGACUUUCUUAUCAUGGCUAAGGAAGCAGACGAGAUCUCAUUUUACGUUGAGCGUCUGCAAGAGUUGAAAUCUAUGGUGGGACGAGGAAGCAACUGUAUGGAGUUGAACGUUCAAAUUGCGGUAACGGGCGGCGUAACAUCUGCGUCCUCGUCAGACUUGACGCGGUUGGUCAAAGACAGACCUUCGUCUUUUGCAUCAGGCGAUUACGAUAUAGAGGCCGAAAAAGCGGCCACGAAGUUCUCAGCGAUGACUGACGUUGAAACUGAUGGCGCCCGUCAGGCGUACAAUAACAACGGGGCCAGAUCUUCAGCGAAGAUCAACCUCUCAACCUCGCGGCCGGACAUCUCGAGCUUUAUACGAGAACCUAUUGAAGCUGCCGGCGGGGAAUCCUUGGUUGUUGUUUGUGGUGGCUCGUCUCUAGUCGCUACGAAGGCUAGAGGAGCGUAG